AUGCUCGGGGGGGUGGUCCUUGGGGGGCUCCUGUGGAUGCUGGCCGUCUCAGCCGAGGGGGUUUUCGAAGUCGAGGGGCGCCUGAAAGCGCGGCUCUUCCGGAGCUACUCCGCCACGGUCCUGCCGAUCCGCCGCCUCUCCCACAAGGUCCCGGUGAGGGUGGGCAUGUCCCUCUCGCAGCUGAUCAGCUUAAAUGAGAAGGAUGAAGAGCUGACCACAAAGGUCUAUAUGGACCAGGAGUGGAUUGACUACCGGCUCACCUGGGAUCCGGCUGAAUUUGAGGGAAUCACGUCCAUCCGACUUGAUGCAGACAAAGUGUGGCUCCCAGAUAUCGUUCUCAUGAACAACAAUGAUGGUGUCUUCGAUAUCGCUCUCAGCGUGAACGUCCUCGUGCACCACAACGGGAGGGUCCAGUGGCAGCCCCCGGGCCUUUAUCGGAGCAGUUGCAGUAUCCAGGUGACUUACUUCCCGUUCGAUUGGCAAAACUGCACAAUGGUUUUCCGGUCGUACACGUACGACGCCUCGGAACUCACCCUUCUGCAUCCCAUCAACGGGAACGGGCAGGAGGUGAAGGAGAUCUUAAUCUACGAGAACUCAUUUAUUGACAACGGGCAGUGGGAGAUCCAGCACAAACCAUCCCGCAAAAACACUGAUCCAGACGAUCCGCUUUACGAGGAUAUCACCUUCUACCUGAUCAUCCGUCGCAAACCGCUUUUCUACCUCAUCAACGUCAUCAUUCCUUGUAUUUUGAUCACCAUCCUGGCCAUCUUCGUGUUUUAUCUCCCGCCGGACGCUGGCGAGAAGAUGACUCUCUCCAUCUUCGCCCUCCUCACCCUCACCGUCUUCCUGCUGCUGUUGGCCAAGAAGGUCCCCGAGACGUCCCUGGCGGUGCCCAUCAUCAUCAAGUACCUGAUGUUCACCAUGAUCCUGGUCACUUUCUCCGUCAUCCUCAGCGUGGUGGUGCUCAACAUUCACCAUCGCUCACCCAAUUCCUACAAGAUGCCCUUCUGGGUGAGGCAGGUAAAGGGGGCGAGGAGGUUCCAGCUGGAGGCCUUCUCCAUGGACCUGCGGCGGUUCAUCGACGGCCCCAGCCACAGCCUCGCUCUGCCCCCCGACUUGAAGUCGGCCGUGGACGCCGUCCUGUACAUCGCCCAGCAGCUCCAGGAGCAGGAAGACUACGACGGGCUGAAGGAAGACUGGGAGUACGUGGCCUUAGUGGUGGACCGUCUCUUCUUCUGGACCUUCGUGGUCUUCACCUCCAUCGGCACCCUCAUCAUCUUCCUGGACGCCAGCCUCCACCUGCCCCCGGAGAAGCCUUUCCCCUGA